CUGUGGGACACAGCGCAUCAUCUGAUGGUGGAACUGCAGACGUGUACAUUCGGAGUGUUUAUCUGACAUAACUUUGGCUCCACAGUGAAAUCUAAGUGUGUUAAAGUGACCAGGGUUUCACUACAGGAGUGAUGGCGACCGUGGAGGAGCUGAAGCUACGAAUCCGUGAAUUAGAAAACGAGCUAAUAAAGUGUAAACAGCAGAGAAGCCAGGAGGAUGUUCCAAACCCGGGGAGUAGAGCAAAGAUUGAGAAGAUGAGCGCUGAGGUUGUGGACUCAAACCCGUACAGCCGGCUCAUGGCUCUGAAGCGCAUGGGGAUCGUGGAGGACUAUGAGGUAAUCCGCUCGUUUGCUGUGGCCGUGGUGGGAGUGGGAGGUGUGGGCAGUGUGACCGCAGAGAUGCUCACCAGGUGUGGCAUUGGUAAGUUGAUGUUGUUUGACUACGACAAAGUGGAGCUCGCCAACAUGAACCGUCUCUUCUUCCAGCCACAUCAGGCAGGGCUCAGCAAAGUGGAGGCAGCAGAGCACACACUGAGGAAUAUCAAUCCAGAUGUUAUAUUUGAGACGCACAAUUACAACAUAACUACAAUGGACAACUUUACACAUUUCAUGGACCGCAUCAGUAAUGGUGGCAUUGAAGAGGGAAAGCCUGUGGAUUUGGUGUUAAGUUGUGUGGAUAACUUUGAGGCUCGAAUGGCCAUUAACACAGCUUGCAAUGAGUUGGGUCAGACGUGGAUGGAGUCUGGAGUGAGUGAGAACGCCGUGUCUGGACACAUACAGCUCAUCAUUCCUGGAGAAACGGCGUGCUUUGCUUGUGCUCCUCCGCUGGUAGUGGCGGCGAACAUCGAUGAGAAGACUCUAAAGAGAGACGGAGUGUGUGCCGCCAGUCUACCCACGACCAUGGGUGUCGUUGCUGGGAUCCUGGUCCAGAAUGUCCUAAAGUAUCUGCUCGGGUUUGGAACAGUGAGCUUUUACCUGGGUUAUAACGCCAUGCAGGACUUUUUCCCGACUAUGGCCAUGAAGGCCAACCCACAGUGUGAUGACAGUCACUGCAGGAGGCAACAGGCGGAAUACAUAAAAAAAGUAGCAGAGCAUCCCAAACAGGAAGUAGUGGAGGAGGAAGAGGAAGUAGUGCAUGAAGAAAAUGAGUGGGGUAUAGAGCUGGUGUCUGAGAUUACAGCAGCCGAGCUCCAGGAAGCAUCAGGUCCUAAACCAGAUUUACCUGAGGGCAUAACUGUAGCCUACACCAUCCCCAACAAGGAUGAAGUCAAUUCAGAAGACACAGUGGAGGAGACGGACCAGAGUCUAGAGGAGUUGAUGGCUCAAAUGAGGAAGCUGUAAAAGCAGAUAGUCUCCUUUUUUUUUUUUCUUUAAACACAAGCUCCUCUCACUGUGCUUUCAAGAGCUACAAUACAUGGCAUUAUACACAGUCUCAUUCUUGCCAGGUUAGAAAACGUCUCUUUACUGACAAAGACAUUACAGCUGCAGUUAAUGAUUCACACUGACCAAGAUUUGUGUGUUCAUUUAGAUUUUCCAGUGUCUCGCUAGAAAGUUAACUGGAGAUGUAAAGGCUGUAAAUGAAAUCUGUAUUGACAAGAUAUUUCAUUACUGUUUGCCCUCUUUAAUCAUAUUGCUCAACAGUUACUUUGUUCAAUUUAACAAAAAAAGGAAAUCACAGACAAGUGAAGUCGAAUCUUUCAACACCCCAGUUGAAUCUUUUAAUUCUGUCACUUCACUCAUAGAUCUUUGUGCUCUUAGAUGUUCUUGUUCAAUAAAGUAUUUAUUGCUGUUCAAGGUAACAUCA